UCUCUGGCAGGCUGUACCACACUCUUGAGGGCGGGCUCCCAGGCACACUCGACGAAAUCCCUAUCUGCUCUUGGCGUUCUCUGUCUGUGUCCGCAGGUCUGACUGUGUUUUUAGUCCAUCACAAUGGCUGAUCACACUUCUCCAGAUUACUUCAGCUGCUCUCUGUGUCUGAACCUUCUGAGGGACCCUGUGGCGAUCCCCUGUGGCCACAGUUUCUGUAUGGACUGCAUCAGUGGCUACUGGAAUGAGGCUGACUACACAGGGAUUUACAUUUGUCCCCAAUGUAAGAUCACAUUCACCCAGAGGCCUGUGCUGCGGCCCAACGCCACUCUGAGCAUGGUGGCUGAGAAGAUCAAGAAGAGCGGGCUGGCCCUCAACCUCAACACGUCCCAGGGGAACAUCUACGCCGGAGUCAAUGACGUCCCCUGUGACUUCUGCUCUGGGAAGAAAUUAAAGGCUGUGAAGUCCUGUCUUAACUGUCUGGCGUCCUACUGCGAGAAGCACCUGAAGCCGCACUACGAAUCAGCCACAUUCAAGAGACACAAGCUGGUGGAUGAGCUGGGAAACCUGGACAGGAAGAUCUGCCCGCAGCACCAGAAGUCCCUGGAGCUCUUCUGUCGGACGGACCAGAUGUGUAUCUGUGCUAUCUGCACAGUCAGCGAACACAGGGGCCAUGACAUUGUCUCUGCUGAGGCAGAGAGAAGUGAGAAACAGAAACUCUUGGGAGUCUCUCAAGCUGAGAUUAGACAAAAAUGCCAGGAGAGGGUGAAGGAGCUGGAGGAGCUGAAGACCGCUGUCGAUUCACUCAAGAACUCGGCCCAGAGAGCCAUGGUGGAGAGCCAGAAGAUGUUUGAGGACAUGAUCCGCUCCAUUGAAAGGAUGAGGUCGGAGGUGACCAAGCUGAUUGGUAUCAACGAGAAGGCCGCUUUCAACCAGGCCGAGGCUUUGAUCGAGCGUCUGGAACAAGAGAUUGACGAGCUGAAGAAAAAGGAGUCCGGCCUCAAGCAGCUGUACAGCACUGAGGACCACAUCCACUUCUUGCAGAACUUCAACUACCUCUGCACCCCCACUGAUGACGGCUUCAUACCCAAAGUGACGGUGAACCCUGACUUCUCCUUCGGGGCUGUCAGGAAAGCUGUGGCUGAGAUCAAGGAGCGCCUCGAGGAGUUUGGCAGAGAGGAGCUGCUCAAGAUCUCCAAGACAGUGAAUGAGGUCCCGGUGUACACCACAGAAAGUCGAACACUGGACAGAAGGAGCAGAGGCAAAGAAAUGACAGUGGACAAUACUCCGCCUCCAGAGCCAAAGAGCAGAGCAGACUUUGUGAAAUACUUCUGCCACUUGAAACUGGACCCUAACACAGCCUACAAGGAGCUGUACAUCUCUGAAAGCAGCAGAAAAGUCAUCCGCACCCGGGACCUGCAGCCCUACGGAGACAACUCGGAGAGGUUCGACAGCUUCGCCCAGGUGCUGUGCCGGGAGGCCCUGUCCGGAGGCCGCUUCUACUGGGAGAUCGAGUGGACUGGAGAGUUCUCCAUUGGAGUGGCCUACAAGAGCAUCAGCCGCAAGGGCAAGGGCUCCCUCUGUCUGCUGGGCUACAACGACAAAUCCUGGAGUCUCCUCUGCUCUGACACGGGUUACUCCGCCUGGCACAACCGGGUGGACAAAGCCAUCAACGCCCCCCACUCCCCCAGGAUAGCCGUGUACCUGGACCACACUGCAGGUGUGCUGGCAUUUUACAGCAUAGGCAACAGCAUGACCCUCCUGCACAGGUUCGAGACCACAUUUGUUGAGCCCCUCUAUCCUGGCUUCGGAGUCGGAACCUCAGUCAAGAUCUGCAGCAUCAAAUGAAGGCUGAUAUUUCAGCUCUCAUUUGGAAAUCUGAAAAUGUGUUUCUCCUAAUAUACAGCAAUGCUUUUGGAAUAUAUAUUUUUACAACAUGUUGAAACUGUAGCACACUGCAUUAAUGAAGUUGUAUCGCAUAUACCUGAAGAAAAAUGUUCAUCCCAAAUGUGUGCAUACUUUUUUUUAACUCUACACAUCACAUAUUAUGUUUUGCAUUGUGCUAUCAGAUCACAUUCUCAUCAUAGUUUUCUAAGACUUUAAUGAAAUGCAUAAUGACUACAUAAUCACACAAGUACAAUAUAAAGAGAAGUAUUACACCUUUUAGCAUCUGAAGAUAACUGCUGGAUAAUAUUACAACAUGUCAGUGUGUAAUAAAACUCUCAGUGAGCUACACCCGGAAACAUUAUCCAUUCCCACUGAUAAUUGUGCCGUCACAUUGUUACACAUAACUUAAUAAAGGCUGUGACACAUCUCAAGUGAUGAUGUUAUUGUAAGUCAGAAUGAAUGUAACCUGAGAUAACGCGAGGUACAUUAGCUUACGAUCGCUCAUUGCAUUACUGCAUAAUUCAUUUAAAAUAUAUUGCACUCUUACAAUCAGUGUGAGUAAACACAAAGAUGUUCAUGUUGGUGCAUUAACAGGUAUUAGUUUCAGGCUUCAGCACAUUAAGAAGAACACGUCGGUGCCAUUUCAUUUUGUCAUGUUUUGAUAUUAUCUGAUAGCUGUCAUAUCAGGUGCUGAGCGUUGUUGCAGUUUUUUUUUCACUUGAACUAACCUUUAUUUAAUUUCAUGUAUGUUUACUUAUAUAAUGGACAAGCAGAGUAUAAUUGAUAUAAAGAAGACUUGUUUUGUAACAAAAUGGUUCAUUGAGAGUUCCAAAUAAAGAGCUAAAUGAAUGGA